UGGAAACGUCGAAGAAAAGGAGCUGCUUCCUGCGGCUCACAUGUACACACUCGCAGACUAGAUGAUGGCAACUUCAAAGAGUAAUGUUUCCACAAACAGCGGCCUUAAAGACACCACCUCAGACGCCACUGACGAGGAGACAAACGAGUUGUGUCCUGGUUUUAAAGACGUGGACGCCUUCGUUAAAUAUGGAUUGGGUGCUGCGUUAUCUGCCACCAAAGCAUCUGGAGCCUUGCCUCAGGCCGGAGAUGAAUAUGAUUUCUAUCGGAGCUUCCCAGGGUUCCGGGAGUUCUGUGAAAGUCAAGGAGAUAAGCUCUUGCUCUGCAUGAGCCAGAUAAUGCAGCACCACGGCUGCAGAUCUCACAUGAGAGACCGGGACAAGCUGACGGGGCUGGAGGAGAGGUUUGACUUGGUUGUGGACUCAAAUGACGUCAUCCUCGAAAGAGUGGGGAUUCUCCUUGAUGAAGCUGAUGGGGUGAACAGGAGCCAGCAGCCUGUCAUGCCUGCAGGGUUUCAGCCUCCCAAGAUUGUAGUUUCCAGCUGGAAUCGCAAGGGUUCAGGUUCUGGCAGUCAUUCUGAGAAGUUCCGACUGCUCCACGCAAAGAAUAUUCAGAGGCCUCAGCUGAAAUUCAAGGAAAAAGUUGACAACAGCAACACACCAUUUAUUCCCAAGAUCUUCAUCAAACCCAAUGCAAUAAAGCCUCUUCCUUCUUAUUUCACAGACAGAAAUAUCAGUAAAGAGAGACCUGAGGACCUUGAUGUCCCGGCUGCCCUGGCUGACUUUAUUCACCAGCAGAGAACUCAGAAGCAUGUUGAAGACAUGUUUGCACAUCCAUAUCAAUAUGAAUUAGACCAUCUUGCGAUACCAGAAAGCCUUCUUGCUAAGCCACAACCGCAGAUGUACAAACCAAUGGCUGAGACCAAGUGCUCUUUCAUCAACACACUGGAGGAUCUAGUGACUCUGAAUGAGAAGCUGUGCAAAUUGUCUGAAUUUGCAGUGGACCUUGAGCACCAUUCCUACAGGAGUUUCCUUGGCAUCACGUCUCUGAUGCAGAUCUCCACCAGAGAGGAGGACUUCAUCAUUGACACCCUGGAGCUCCGUAGCGAGAUGUACAUCCUGAACGAGGCAUUCACUGACCCGGCUAUUGUCAAGGUAUUUCACGGAGCUGACUCUGACAUCGAGUGGCUCCAGAGGGACUUUGGCUUGUAUGUCGUCAGGCUUUUUGACACUCAUCAGGCCAGCCGAGCUCUGAACCUGGCCAGACACUCCCUCGACCACCUGCUCACACACUUCUGCAAUGUGACCUCAGAUAAACGCUACCAGCUGGCUGACUGGAGGAUUCGCCCCUUGCCAGAUGAGAUGGUGCAGUAUGCCCAGACAGACACCCACUACCUCCUUUACAUCUACGACUGUGUGAGGGCGCAGCUUUUGGACUCGAACCACGGGCAGCCUGGCCUUCUGCAGUGUGUCUGGAACAAAAGCAAAGACAUUUCCCUGAAGAAAUAUGUGAAGCCUAUAUACACAGAGGAGUCAUAUCUGGAGCUGCAAAGGAAGCAGAAAAGGUCUUUUAACACCCAGCAGCUCACUGCCUUCAGACUGCUCUUUGCCUGGAGGGACAAGCUGGCCAGGCAGGAAGAUGAAAGCACCGGAUACGUCCUGCCUACUCACAUGAUGAUCAAGAUAUCUGAGGAGCUGCCCAAAGAGCCUCAGGGCAUCAUUGCCUGCUGUAACCCUGUACCCCCACUGGUGAGGCAGCAGGUCAAUGAGCUCCAUUUGCUCAUGCAGCAAGCCAGAGAAAUGCCUCUCCUUAAGACCGAGAUUGCAGCUCAAAAGAAGAAGGGACUCACACCCAUUAGAAAGCCAGAGGUCACAUUGUUUGGUCCUCAUGAUACAUCCAGGAUCUCUGAAAGUGACCUCCACCCAUUUUCUCUUGAUGACCUGCCUGUGAAACAAGGGAUCCUCUUCUCAGAUGAUGAGCACAAAAUGGAAAGUGGUCUCAUGGCAGCAGCUAAAAUCACACUGUUUGAGGAGCCAGAGACACAGGAUAAUCAAGAGUCCCUCCCUGUGGCUCAAAUGAAAGCCAGACGUAUCAUUGAGUCUUUUGAAAAUCCUUUCAGAAUGUAUUUACCCUCCAGUGAUGUGCAUGUCAACAAAAAUGCCAAAUUUGACCCAUCUUCAAAAAUAUUUGAGAUCAGUAAAAGAUGGAAGCUGCAGAGUAUUGAGCAGCAGCAGAAGGAGUUGGAGACCAAGAGGAAAGCCAAAGAAGAAGCAAAAGAAAAGGCAAAGAAAGUGGCAGAGGAAAGAAACAGGGCUAAACAGAGCUACCAGGAGUCUCUAAAGAACGUUGCCACUGUUCGCCAGCAAGCUGCGGAAUCUGCAAAAGGCAGCGAAAAGAAAAGAGAGAGGGCCCCCAGUGAGGUUGGAGAGUCGACUCCCAAACCGAGUAAGAAGCUGAUGAAAACUGAAGAGCAGACCCAGAAGACAGAACUGCCUGCCCAGGACAGCUUCAAGCCCUUCGACUACAGCCAGUCAGACUUCAAAGUCUUUGCUGGUAACAAAUUAAAGGAUAACUCUCAGUUUGAUCCAAACCGACAGGCCCAUGACUCUAAGAAAAAGAAAAUUCCCAAGGGACAAAAAUCCAAUUUUGGACAAGGAGGCCGGAGUAUGUCAUAUGUGGCUGGAAAAUCGGACAGAGGAUUCCGGCAUAACUGGCCCAAAAGAUAAAUUCCAUCUGAUGUCUAUUUUCUGUCCCAUUUUAAAACAUUUUUUUUUCAUCCCACAGAAACAGUUUUCCCCUUCUUUCCAUCUUGCCAGUGAAAUUCAGUAUUUAAUAAUGAAUUUCAAAGUGUAUUUUUUUUUUCUAUCUGUGGAACACUUUACCUUGUAAAUAUGUGGACACACAGACUUCUUAUUAAAGAUGAUUUUAGAUGAA